AUGGCUGCUGGAAAUAUUUGCCUGAAGAGUAGAAAUAAGGAAAAUGAUUUCCCCUAUCUUCAAUCUGUAAGUUUGGAGAAAAUUGUGUAAAUCUUUUGUUAUAGAAAAUGUCAUUAAGUUAAUAUUAUUUCAUGAGUUCUAUCCUGCUUUUAAACUAAUGUAGCAAAGUUGUACUGUAGUCCAUAUGACGAGCAGCUAAUUAGCUUCAAAUUUUCUUGAGUAAUUUGCAUAAGUAUUUCAAAUGGUGAGAUAAGCACAACUUCAAUUAACAAUGAAACUAAUUUUGAUUUGGGAAGAGAUGUGAAAUUCCUAGGGAGAAACAGUUUUUCCCUCGGGGCAAUGAUAUUCUUUUGCUAAAUUUCCUCUGCUACAGCUUAUUAUAAUUGAGAUUGUCUUAUUCUUUAGAUAUCAGCACCAGACACAUCUGCACCAGAAGUAUCUGUGCCAGAAGUACCUAAAAAAGGAAUCAGUGCAUUAACCAUUGUGGAUGUUGGCACUUCAUGGUUCACUUGGACUAUCCCAUGUUUUCCUGUCAUGUCAGUUGACUUUGUCAGAGUGAAAGCAUCUAUUAAUGAUACGCAUGUGGAUUGUUUAAUAAAAAAAGAUGCAAAUAUUCACCUUGGUGAAUUGUGUUGUACAUCAUAUUGUACAAUUUCAAUUGAAAAGAAGGAGUACACUGUUUUGUGGGAAUUCACACAACCCGAAGUUGGCCGUGCACAGGUUUUACAUAAUAGUAUUAAUAUUGAAAGUGAUGACGAAAGCAAUAUUGAUGUCCAGCAUUCACUGCCAUUCAAAGUUCUGGGUACCUGCAAAUCUGUAGAGCGACAGAGUAUACUGGAGGAAGCUAACAGCUACCUGAAUGAAUAUAAUCGGCCAGUUUUUGUUCAGCUUGAAAGGGAACCAGACAAUGCUCACGACAGUAAUGCUAUUGCUGUUUUUGUAAUGACCGAUAAUGAUUUUUAUAAAGUUGGUUACAUUGCAAGUGAACUAACUCAGUAUGUACACCCAUGUUUAGAUGACCCUAGUUUUGAAGUUUCUGUGAAGAACAUUCGGUUUUCCACAACCUGGAUGAUGGUGGGAUACUACAUAACAAUUGAACUCUCUAAGAAAGGGCUGUGGCAUAAAAAUGUUGUCAAAGCAAGCAAGAAUGUUAAAUAG